CUUCGAGAUGGUGUCGGACGGCAAGUACCACGUGGUGGAGCUGCUCGCCGUCAAGAAGAACUUCACGCUGCGCGUGGACCACGGCCUGGCGCGCUCCAUCAUCAACGAGGGCGAGAAGGACUUCCUGCGGCUCACCACGCCGCUCUUCAUCGGCGGCGUGCCCCCGGAGCCCGGCCAGGGCGCCUUCAACCAGUGGCACCUCCGCAACCUCACGUCCUUCCACGGCUGCAUGCGCGAGGUCUGGGUGAACCACAAGCUGUUCGACUUCGGCAACGCGGCGCGCACGCUCAAGGUCACCCCCGGCUGCUCGCUCCUGCACGACGACGAGCAGAUGGAGGAGGAAGAGGAGGAGGAGACCGAGGACUCGGUGAUGGUGUCCUCGAGCCGCCAGCAACAACAGCUGCAGCAGCAGCAGCAGCUUGCCCAGCGGGAGGAGCCGCCCCGCGGCCGCGACCCCUGCGCCAACCACCUGUGCCGCCGCGGCUCCAAGUGCGUGCCCAAGAAGGCCGCCGGCCAGGAGUACACCUGCCGCUGCCAGCCGGGCUUCUCCGGGAAGUACUGCGACAAGGCUGGGCAAGGCUACCAGGGCUACCAGAGCAUCUCGGCGAGCUACUCGGGGCCGAGCGCCGUGGCCGGGAUGCAGGUGUCUCCGCCGGUAGGCGGUGGCGGCAGCGGCGGCGGCAGCAUCCUCGCGGCGGGCCCGGCCUGCCACAAGAAGCAGACCCGCGAGUACUUCUCGGAGAACGGCUGCCGCUCCCGCAAGCCCAUCCGCAUGGCGCGCUGCGACGGCGUGUGCCAGCACGGCGGCGCCUGUUGCCGGCCGCGCAAGACCAAGCGCCGCAAGGUUCGCCUGAUCUGCAGCGACGGCUCCCGCUACACCAAGGACAUGGACAUCGUCCGCAAGUGCAGCUGCGCGGGCAAGUGCACCGGCCAGGGCGUCGGCCUCAUCAACAACUGACUACCAGGCCCCUCCAGCUCGACCUCCCCUGAACCCUCGGCCUCCACCACCACGACCACCACCACGACCACCAGCAGCAGCAGCGCGCUGGCCCCAGGUUUGAAGACGGUGCCGCUCGUCGUGUACUCGGGCGUCCCCGGUGUCCACACGCCCGUGCGCAUGACGGUCGUCAACGAGUCCACCCUGGUGGGGGCCGUCAUCACGGCCAGCUCGCACCACCACCAGCGCGGCGCCGGCGCCGGCCGGGACACGCCCAGGCACUACUCGUCGUCCUCGGGCAGGCCGACGUCGACCCCCGGAGUGCGCGGCGGCCCGGGCGCGGCCGGCGGCGAUCCCCACGCUGACGUCCUGGUGCACGUUCUCGUCACGGCCACGUACGUGUCGUUCUUCGGCACCAUCUUCGUGACGUUCGCGUGGGUCGCCACCAUGGCCAGCCUGUUCCUGCUGUGUCCGGCGCAGGUCAUCGCGCCCGCCGACUUCGUCUAGGACUUGGUCUAGGACUUGGUCUAGGACUUGGUCCACUAGGACCGGCGGAGCGGCAAGGAGGGAAAAUGGAGGGGGAGGUGUCGCUUUCAUCUUCGGCUUUUCUUUUUUCAUUUCUGGAUUUAAUUUGUCUUCAGUUUGGUUCGCGGGAAUGAGAAAGGGCGUGCCCCUUCUUGCGGCACUGCCCUGCUCAGGGCGCCUCGGCGCUGCGGGGGCGGGGGGCGGGUUUGUGUGUGAGACUGAGUGAGUGAGUGAGCGUGUGUGUGUGUGUGUGUGUGUGCUGAGUGAGUGAGACAGAGGUAGUGAAUCUCGGUCGGGUCGCUGUCAGAUAUGUGACAAUGUGCGAUUCGGCGCCGACCGAUGCAACUUCAGGUUGUCUGUUUUUUGUUGUUUUUUUUAAUUAUUUUUUUUAUUCACAAGAGUUUUAUUCUAAUCAACCCGCCCUCCCGAACUGUUUGCCCUUGCAAUGCUGAGCUUGGGGCCAGUAGACGUGGAUCUCUUGGGUUGUGAUCACAUCAGAUCCCACAAAUCUCUUUUCUUUCCAUGCAUUCCCUGUAGGAAUGUGACAAAGUAUUUAAAAAUUAUCCAAAAUUAUCAUUACUGUAGAUUGGUUUGGAUUCUUUUAAAUUUUAUCUAUUGACAUGGGACAUGGAUAGUCCUAUAUUUUAUUUUCUGACACAAUGCAGUAGUUUCAACAAAAAUCAUUAUGGGAACCAGGAAGUGUAAAGGCUGCCAUAUUGUUGACCUCUACAACAAAAAGAAAUACACUUUCAAGGCAACCCAGACUAACAUAGUCUGUAUUUCUUAUCGUCAACUUACUCUUUACUAGAUUCCUUAUAUUUACUCGUGACUACAGUACCAUCUAUACUAUAUUUAUUCGCUUUCCCGCUACUACUUUUAUGCUAUAUUCUUAUCAAUCUUGUAGAUUGUAUUUAUUGUCCUUUUUUUUUCAUUUUGUAUGACCUUUAUGUUACCUGUAUUAUUUUUGGUUCCUUUGAAGAAUGGUUUUGCCGAUAUAAGGAGAUGGAGUUUGAUGGGGCAAUACAAAAGCAUGGAGGGGCCUGUAGUCGGGUGGCUGCGCUCGCGCUUCUAGUCGCCCGCCGAUAGAGACUUUAAAACUACCUGCUAGUUUACAACACAGUCACAACGUAGCUCUCUGUACAUAGUUCGAUAGUGUAUUACACCUUUAUCCUGACUGAAGCCAACGUACUAUAAAGCGUGGAAAUGGUUUUCACGCCACAAUUUUAUUUAAAUGAAAAGACAAAAGAGUAGGUACCUUUGCGGAACAAUUAACUUGAUGGUGUGAUUUACCAUUCAAACAAAUCUUUUCCAUAUCUUAUUUAUGUGUGUUGUACCUCAUUUUGAAAACAUGUUUUCAAUCUAAGUACGGUAGUCCUGUAUUCCGUGUCUUGUACAAGUUCUUGUCAAAUCUCAUUUCACUACUUAGGAAUAACAACUAUUGCUGUGAGAUAAUUUAAUUAAGUAUGUUUUUCACUACCUACAAUCUAUUAUAUUAUUAAAAUAUAGAUGUGUAUAAAUGUAAAAAUCAUAUUACGUAGGAAAUAAAAAAUUUAGUGACGUUA